GCCAUUUUAUCCUUCCGCCAUUCGGAGUUCCGCCCCAGCUCCGAUUCCUCCGGUUCAUUGAACUUAGACGUUUUUUCGCUCUCCCCAUCCUCUAUAAAGCGUUUAGACUUUGCCUAGACGCCUGAUUCAACUUAAUAGGCUUGAGAGAGAGAGAGAGAGAGAGAGAGAUGGCUCCAGCAAUCGGAAUUGCGAUACCCGAUCCAAUGGCUGGGAAGAUGGGUUUAGGGUUCCGGCGCGUUGGCUUGGUGCAGGGGGUUUCGUUAACGGAGGCGGAGGAGCUCCAGCGGAGAAAUCUAGAGCUGGAAAGAGAGGUGAGGGAGAGGAGAGAGAGCGAAGAGGAGCUAAGGCUGGAGUUGGAGAGAACGAAGGAGAGGUUGAUGGCAGUUGAGGAAGCAGAGGAGAGGCUCUGCACGCAGCUCGGCGAGCUCGAGGCCGAGGCGAUCGAGCAGGCAAGGGAGUACAACCGCCGGAUUAGGACGCUUUCAGAUCACCUUGCGAAGGCGCUGAGGAGAAUUGAAGCUGGUGGAGAAAGGGUCGUCGCCGUCGAUUAACCGCGGUAGGGAACGCGUCCAGAUCUGGAAUAAAUGGGAGGAUUUAUGUUUGUUUUGCUUGUUUGUUUUUUUUAAUGAAGGUAGUUGAUGUGCUGAUUCUGGAAGUGGAUGUUGUGCGGAACGCUAGGGAUGAAGAGGUUAAUGGGUGGUUGAUGGUAAUUUUAUUUGUGCAUAAGAAAAUGCUCUGUACAAUAGAUAAAUGGUAAAAUAAAUUUGUAACGAAUGGAAUCAUUAAAUCUGAACUUUUGUUUAAUUUGGCUACUA